UUAGUAAGAUAUAUUGCAUAGAGAAGUCUUUAAAUUGUUUUCGUAGAGAGCAUCACAAAGAGGCAUUCAGACGUGCGCACUCGUAUCUAUUGAACCAAGAGGAGGCUUUAUUGUGGAAGACUCGCAGAUUUCUCUCAAACCACAGUUCCAACAAAAUUUCCUUGACGGUAUUGCACCAAAGCAAGGAGGCAUUUUUUCAUCAUAACCGGACCAAGAAGUAACUGUCUAACAUUAUUCUUGCAUUCUUUAUCAAGGUCUCAGCUGAGAUUAAAGGUGUGAAAGAGUUUACUCCUACACUUGGCAGCAUAUACACAUUCAAACAAGUGCUGGAGUUCCGCAUGAAAUUUGAGAUAGAAUGGGCAUAUAUGUGGCGAAAUAUAAUGAGUGGGUAACUUCUUUUGCAUAAUGGAUGCACAAAUUGAACUCCUGAACAACAUAAUCGAUAGAGUUAUACUUACCCUCGGGCUUUUAGAUUUCUGAAGGCUUUUUUCCAACUGUAGGUCCAUCGGAGUGGCAGGAGACAAGUGCUUCGAUAAUGACUUUACUGAAAAAACCCCAUUAGUUUCCAUUAACCAGAUUCUUUUAUUCUCAAUAUUGGAUAAUCUUGUCCUUUCCAAGGAGCCCAGGAGAAGUUGAAAAUUAGAGAUUUCAAGCUCCUAACAAUCUUCUGAAAUCAAGAAACCCAGAGGAAGUGGAGGCGUUCCAAUGUUCUACAACCGAGCCUUUUGGAUUAAGGGCAAUUCUGUACAGCUUGGGAGUGUGGUCUUCAAAGCAAUUCUAUCCAUUCAUGGAUCCAACCAAAACAAAAUUUUGUCACCCUUUCCAACUUUAAAAGCUGCCACACUAUCUAGAAAUAUUUAUCCAAGGGCUUCUUAAACUUGAAUUUUCUUUGCCACUUGUGUGCCACUGGAAGAGGCUACUCCCGUGAAUACUACAAACCACCUUAUACCAUAGAGAGUUUUGUUCUGCCAUGAACCUCCACCUCCACUUGGCAAGAAGAGUAAUGUUUCUAAAUUUCAGCUUGUCCAGCCCAAGGCCCCCAUCUCCUUGGGGUUUGGAAACUAAUUCCCAUUUCACUAGGUGGUUCAACUUGCUACCGUUGUUCCCUUCUCAAAAGAAGUUCCUCCAUGGUUCUUUCAAUGGAAUUAGAGAUUUUUUUGGCAUGAGGAAUGUUUAGCAAUUCCUCAUGGAUGCCGCUAAGGAGAUCUUACUUUCCCCAAUAUUAAUUCCGCAUAUAGAUGACUUUUCCCAAUUUAUCUUUUGCCCAUAACACUAAAAUAUUUCAAGCGUCUUUUUAACGUUUUCAUGAAUAACUUCAUCAAACUUGGAAAAUAUUAAGGUGUUGUCUGCAAAUUGAAGGAGGGGAACAUGAACAUUGUUCUUUCCUACCAUGAAACCUUCAUACAAACCGUUCAAGUGUAGAUUUGAGAUGAAACUACUAAGCACUUCGCUAACCAGAAGAAAAGAAAGAGGGAAAGGGGAUCCCCUUGCUUUAACCCUCUUGAGGCUUGAAUUCUUCCUCUGGGCCUCCCAUUGACGAAUUCUGAAUACUUAGGGUUUUUAACACAAUCCAUGAUCAAUCCAGCACACAAGCAGCAGAGACAGCGGAGUUUGAAGGCGUUUUCGGAGGCAGUGUCUGUUCCUAACAGAGAAAACUAGGGUUUUCACGACUAUGUCUUGCUUGGAUAUACAGCAAGUUCUCAAUGAUUACAAAACCAAAGACCCACUCACCAUCACUACUCUCAAGCUCAAUCAAAAGGCUCUUUCUGAUAUAAAUGGUUUGUCCCUUUUCAAAAACUUGGAGAAGCUUGAUUUGACAUUCAACAAUCUCACAUCGCUUCAGGGGUUGGAGUCAUGCACCAAUUUGAAGUGGCUCUCAGUUGUACAAAACAAACUUGAUAACUUAAAAGGAAUUGAAGGGCUUUCUAGACUUAAUGUAUUAAAUGCGGGAAAGAAUAAGCUUCGGUCAAUGGACGAAAUUAGACCCCUUGUUGGCUUUUGUGCUUUGAUUUUGAAUGACAAUGAGAUUGCUUCUAUUUGCAAGCUUGAUCAGAUGAAGAACCUGAAUACUCUGGUUCUUUCUAGAAAUCCAAUCCACAGUAUUGGAGAUUCUCUGUUGAAAGUGAAUUCAAUGAAAAAGCUAUCCCUUUCUAACUGCAAACAUCAAUCUAUUGAAUCCCUCAAGUUUUGUAUCGAACUUAAAGAGCUUAGACUUGCUCACAAUGAAAUCAGGAUGCUCCCCAAUGCUUUGGCUCAUAACAAGAAGUUGUUGAAUUUGGAUUUGGGAAAUAAUGUCAUCAUGAGAUGGUCAGAUUUAAAGGUAUUGAGUUCAUUAGGCUAUCUGAGGAAUAUUUAUGUUCGAGGGAAUCCUAUUGCUGAAAGUGCUAAGUUAGAUAAAAAGAUUUGUCGACUGGUUCCAGGCUUGCGUGUAUUGAAUGCGAGAUCAAUUGAUAAAUGCAUUCAGAAUGAGAAUGAUAAUGGGAGUGAUAAAGAAGACGACACUCCAAUCAGGAGCCUAGAUCGUCAAAAAGAGAAAAAGGAUAGAAAACUGAAUGGGAAUGUUGAAACACACCCGUCUGUUCAAGGCACUGAUGGCAAACUUGAUCAUACUAAUGGUGCUGAUGUGGACAGGAAGUUGGAACGCAAAAAACGUAAGAUGGAUAAGGUCACCAGGGAGGAGAAAGUAAUUCCAUCUCUUGACAAUAAGAUAAAUCUCGGUACCAAUGAUAUUGAUAAGGAAAAGAAGACUUCAAAGCAGAAAAGAACAAAAAGCAAUAAGGAGCCAUCUUUGCCAAUACACAAGGAGACACUUACCAAGAUUGAAAACCAUAAGAAGAAAGCAAAGAAGGAAGGGGAAAGGCAGAUUGGUGUUAUUGACGACGCUGAAGUGCCAUUUGAACAGCUUUUCGGAGAUGAUCUUAUUGAAGACAUGGAUGCUGUUCUCCAAAAGGUUGGUGAGAAAGAAGUAGAGGAGAUGAAUUUAAAGCCUAACUUGGCAUCAUUUUCAGCUAAUAGAAAGGAAUCUAAAAGCCAAGAUCGAGUUGGAAGGUUACAAAUAUCCCCAAUAGUUGAAAUUGGAAUGGACGGAAUAUCAACAUGGGGGGAUGAGUAAUUGCAAUGCAAAGGCAUUCAGUUACUUGGGAAAAUUUGGAUCAAUCAUGGCAGCACCGUGGUCGGACAGGUGUGGAAUGCAGUAAUAGAAAAAGAGAAUGGGUUUUAGAAACUCAUUUCAGUUGUUGGUCUUGCAAUGAGCUAUGAAGCGUAAGCUACUGUUGUUGGGAGACUUGACUUUUGAUUUGGGGGAGUUCAUGAGAUGGAGGAUUUUUACUUUUCUGACUUAAACAAGUGACAUGCCAAAAGAUUUUGUAGCUUGUUGGUACCUGGGCAAGUUCUAAUUUGAAACUUACAUAUUUCUUCUUCAACAGCCUUAAAAUAGUGCAUAAUUAGAACUGUUAAUGCCUAAAUUGAAACA